AUGUCAUCGUCAACCGAAACACUCCGUCGUACCCGCUUCGUCCUCAUCUCCGACACCCACAAUCACACACCUGCCCUACCCCGUGGCGAUGUCCUCGUCCAUGCUGGUGACCUGACGAACCAGGGAUCAUAUUCCGAGUUGUCUCGGGUCGUCCAGUGGUUAGAGAAGGCAGACUUUGAAUCCAAAAUAGUCGUUGCAGGAAACCAUGACCUGAAUCUUGAUCCCAAGCUCGUCGCCAGUCGGGGCUCCUCGCUCGCCGACUCCUCUCACACUCACCAAGACUGCCUCAACCUCCUGCUAUCCUCCCCAUCGAUCACCUACCUCGCCCACGCCUCGACCACCAUCCGCCUCUCCUCGCCAGAAGGGCCACACACGACUUUCACAGCCUUUGGCUCCCCCUUCUCCCCCCUAUCCUCCCUCCACGGCUCGUUCUCGGCCUUCACCUAUGCCUCCCCCCUCCACCCCCUCACCCCAACCACAGCCGCCGACCUGCCGUCCCUCUGGGACGCCAUCCCCCUCGACGCCGACGUCGUCAUAAUUCACACGCCGCCGCGCGCCCACGGUGACGAAUCGCCCGCCCGCCGCUCAGCCGGCUGCGAAGCCCUCCGCCGCGCCCUCUGGCGCGUCCGCCCACGCCUCGCGGCAUGCGGCCACGUCCACGAGGCGCGAGGCGCAGAACGCGUCCUCUGGGACCUGAGCUGCGGCAACGUCGCCUUCAAGGAGACGUCCGUGGAGCAGUGGGUCGAUCCCGCGCCCGAGGGCAAGAAGCUGAGCAUCCUCAGUCUCGGGUCGCGAGGCGGGAAACCGCUUCGGAACGACGGUGGGCGCGGCACCUGGGCGGAGCGGGACGACGCGGUGACGCAGCCGUCGACGGCGGCGAUGCAGUCUGGUGUUCCGGGGGCCGCGAUGCCGCAUAUUGGAACGCGGGGACUGGGAGGCGAUCCGUCGUCGGCGCGGAGCGAUGGCGAGGCGUUGGCGGGGAGGCUGGGCCGGUUGGAAACCUGUGUUGUGAACUGUGCCAUCAUGGCCAAGAGCUACCCGCAUGUUGGCGGGAGGAAGAUGAACAAGCCCAUCGUGGUCGACCUGGAUCUUCCGGUCUGGUGA